AUGCUGAGACUUGGCAAGCUCGACAACGAGAGAGGUUUCUACCGAAAGCGCACCCCCUCCGCCGGCCGAGCUGCAAGAGCUGUAAGACACAAACCACUCAACACUGUGCGAGAGGUGGUGGCGGGCAUCGAGGAUCCACUGGAGCACGAUUACUUCGCGGUAGGUCUGCUUGCGUUAGUAGCUGCGGUGAAACGUUGCAAUAUCGUGGUCUGGGAAGCAAAAACUGGAGGUGGGCUUCGAAUCGUGGAAAUAGGCGACACCACGUGCAGUUUCGUUGGCGAUCUUUAUCGGGAUGAGUUUCUGCACCUGGUGUACAAUGACUUCGGGGGCUACAACGCAGCUACAGAUGCUGCGGGUACGGCUACAGUGCGCAGCCCAAGCAGCAGCAACGUGGCAGAAUCAAAAUUCAACCACUUUAGCGCCAUCGUGAUCCCACAAGAAUCCGUCCCAUGGUCAAAGCCGUACAUGCUACAAAGGGCAUCCUCUGGUCGAUCUGUGUUUGGGCACGAGAAGCCUCCAGACAAUUUUUGCCAGUGCCCAACCACAUCGGGCAAGUGUCCGAUGAAACAUCAGGGCUCUCCCGUGCCGAUCGACGUGGAUGACGAGACCGAGACAAGCAGCAGCGUGCGAUCGCGACGUUCUGCUGGAGGUGCCCGGCCCGUCAAAACGGCGUCACCCAGGGAUGUACCGGAGCGGAAGGCGACGCCGCCUGGGAAAGCGAUGACGAAGCCCGCGGUACGUCCUUCCGCCAGCGGCAUGUCGGCGACGACCAGGUCGAAGGAGAAGCCCAUGCCGAAGGAGAAACCACGAGCUCUACAGCAGCAAAGCGGAAGAUGCUGCGGGGUCGGAGACGCUAGAGGGAGGUGGUGCCGGCGUAGCUCCCUCAAAAAAGAAGCGUGGAAAGCGGGGGCGCCGCAGCACUUGCUCUGCAACAUUCGCAAGCGGCCCGUAAGCAAGGGGAGCCCUAUGGGGCCGAAGCGAAAUCUCCCUGCGGAGCCUGAGGGGGACGACGACAUGAGUGACGGCGGUAGUGAGGGCGAUUUUUGGGGGGACGCAGCAGACUACGACCAGGAUGUGUUCGUGAGUGGCAAGAGCCCUCAGCAGGUCAAGGCGAUGGUGGACAAGAUACAGGAGGCAUGGGGAAAGGAGGUCCUGACUUUCAUCUUUGGGUUGGUGCAAAACACCAAGCAACUCGUGCAAGACCGCAACAAAAAGAAGAAGGCCAGGUCGGAGGUCGAGGAGGACGCUCCGGAAGGGGGCGACACAGGCGAGGAGCAGAACGGAGACGGGGCCCUGGAUACCGCCGACGAGCACUCUUGGACAACCCGCGGCAUAAAUCCAGAUGUAGAUUGGUCGGCGAGAUACGAUGGCGGCCUCAGCGGCGGUCAUGACGCCCGUAGUGGAGCACGCGGCGGAAACUGCGACAGCACCGGGAGCGGCGCCGCGGGGAAUGGGGGUGAGAGAGCGGGCACGGUAGACGACGACAGAAGUCGAGCCGGAGCGGGGGGCGGUGCCGCGGGCUCGUUUGAGGGCGAUGGUGAAGGGAGCGGCCGCGAUGGGAACGGCAACGGAGGAAAUGUUGGGAGCGGAAACGAUGGGAAAGGUGACGGUGGUGAUGGAUUUGAUUUUGGCGGUGAAGGCUCCUACCGAGGAGACGGGCACCAGUACUACAACCGCCACCGUAGAAGGGAGGGAGAGGGAGAAGAUGCAAACGAGUACUUCAACUUCUGUCGAAGCACCAAGAUUCCCAAAGGACAGGAGCAGCGUCACCGCGACAAGAAGGCGAGGAAAGGUAAAUCGAGCUGGCCGAAGAAGGCCAUCACCAAGAGCAUGAUGCAGGGCGUCAUCGGCAUCAGGUCCGACUUGUCUGCCGCAACGGGGGGACAUUUUCAGGCAACGAACGCAGCGGUGCAUGACCACUUGAGCUGCCACUCCUUCCACGACUACAAGCUCGUGCGUGCUUGCCUCCCGCGCGACACGUUCCUCCUGAUCUACGGCCGUUUCUUUCACAUGGCAAGCUCGGGCGCUCCUGAACGAUUGCAGGACGGGACCACGGAGCCCUGUUGGGAUUCGCUACACGAUAUCCGGUAUGAAUUGUGCGGCUGGUUUGUGCAUGGAGAUUGACGAUACCUCUGUCCUAUUCAAAUGGGUAUUUUGCGCCCGGUUUGGAGUACGUGGCAGUGCCUUACGAAAUCUGCUGAGAUUUGUUCCCAACGACAACAACACAUAUGCCGACGACAGGGGCUCGUCUUUCUAUCUUACAUAAUCACGAACCCCCCCGUCUUCAAGACGGACCCGAAAGGUUAUUUGUCACGAUCACAGCUGCCCGACACGGUGUAACACAGGUAGCGAGUGAAAGGGAGAGGUGUAUGUUGUACAAGCUGCCGUUGAUACUUUUUCGCUUUUCCUG